AUGUCCAUCUUAUUAACCAUGCUUUUGGUAGCAGCUGGGCAAGAUCGGUUUGCUAUCUUAGCCAACAAUAAUCUGCAGAUUCUCAACAUCAAUAAAAGUGAUGAAGGUAUAUACAGGUGUGAAGGAAGAGUGGAGGCUAGGGGAGAAAUUGACUUCCGUGAUAUCAUCGUUAUUGUUAAUGUGCCGCCAGCAAUCACAAUGCCUCAGAAAUCCUUUAAUGCCACAGCAGAGAGAGGAGAGGAGAUGACAUUUUCCUGCAGAGCCUCUGGCUCUCCUGAGCCCACCAUUUCCUGGUACAGGAAUGGCAAGUUUAUUGAAGAAAAUGAAAAGUACAUACUGAAAGGAAGCAAUAAAGAACUCACUGUCAGGAACAUAAUCAAUAGCGAUGGGGGCCCGUAUGUCUGCAGGGCCACAAACAAGGCAGGAGAAGAUGAAAAACAGGUACUUCUCCAAGUCUUUGUACAGCCUCACAUAAUACAGCUUAAAAAUGAGACUACAUAUGAGAAUGGUCAAGUCACACUAAUAUGUGAAGCAGAAGGGGAGCCUAUUCCAGAAAUCACUUGGAAAAGAGCAGUGGAUGGCAUCACUUUUUCCGAAGGUGAUAAGAGCCCAGACGGACGUAUCGAAGUCAGAGGGCAGCACAGAAGCUCAUCACUGCAUAUUAAAGAUGUGAAGUUGUCAGAUUCAGGGAGAUAUGACUGUGAAGCUGCAAGUAGAAUUGGAGGGCACCAAAAAAGCAUGUACCUUGAUAUUGAAUAUGCUCCCAAGUUCAUAUCAAACCAAACAAUUUAUUACUCUUGGGAAGGAAAUCCAAUCAAUAUAAGCUGUGACGUUAAAUCUAAUCCACCAGCAUCAGUCCAUUGGAGAAGAGAGAAAUUAGUCUUGCCAGCUAAAAACACCACUAAUUUAAAGACAUAUAGUGCAGGGAGAAAAAUAAUAUUAGAGAUUGCACCUACAUCUGACAAUGACUUUGGACGAUAUAAUUGCACAGCCACUAACCGUAUAGGAACAAGAUUUCAAGAAUAUAUUCUUGCUUUGGCUGAUGUGCCAUCCAAUCCUUAUGGAGUGAAGAUUAUAGAGCUGUCACAGACCACAGCCAAGGUUUCUUUCAGCAAGCCGGACUCCCAUGGAGGUGUGCCUAUUAAUCACUAUCAAGUGGAUGUUAAAGAAGUGGCAUCAGAAACCUGGAAAAUAGUACGCUCCCACGGAGUUCAAACAAUUGUUGUUUUGAGCAACCUGGAACCGAAUACAACUUAUGAAAUCAGAGUUGCAGCUGUAAAUGGAAAAGGACAAGGAGACUACAGUAAAAUAGAAAUUUUCCAAACAUUACCAGUUCGUGAACCAAGUCCUCCAUCGAUACAUGGACAGCCAAGCAGUGGGAAGAGCUUUAAACUCAGUAUCACCAAACAGGAUGAUGGAGGGGCCCCUAUUUUGGAAUACAUCGUGAAAUAUAGAAGUAAAGAUAAAGAAGACCAGUGGCUAGAGAAAAAAGUGCAGGGAAAUAAAGACCACAUUAUUUUAGAGCAUCUACAGUGGACAAUGGGGUAUGAAGUUCAAAUUACAGCUGCCAAUAGAUUGGGAUAUUCAGAACCAACAGUCUAUGAGUUCAGCAUGCCACCAAAACCCAACAUUAUUAAAGAUACACUUUUUAAUGGUCUUGGGCUUGGAGCGGUCAUUGGUCUGGGAGUCGCUGCACUCUUGUUAAUUCUUGUGGUAACAGACGUCAGCUGCUUCUUUAUUCGACAAUGUGGGUUAUUGAUGUGCAUCACCAGGAGAAUGUGCGGGAAGAAAAGUGGCUCCAGUGGUAAAAGUAAAGAACUUGAAGAAGGAAAAGCUGCAUACCUGAAAGAUGGAUCAAAAGAACCAAUAGUGGAGAUGAGAACAGAGGAUGAAAGAAUUACUAAUCAUGAAGAUGGGAGCCCAGUAAAUGAGCCAAAUGAAACCACACCACUAACAGAACCUGAAAAAUUACCUUUAAAAGAAGAAAAUGGGAAAGAAGUCCUAAAUCCAGAAACUAUAGAAAUUAAGGUUUCUAAUGACAUCAUUCAAUCAAAAGAAGACGACAGCAAAGCAUAA